CAAAGCUCUUUGCUCGAAAGGUGUAACCGCAAGGGAUAGGAGGAAACUGUAUGAAGUUUGUCCCAUUACUCUUGUUCGUGAGCUUGGUAAGUAUCUUGGUUUCCCACUUAAGAGUGGGAGAGUCACUUGUGAUAGGUUCCAAUACCUUCUUGAUCAGAUUCAGAACCAGCUCUCCUCUUGGAAAUCUCGCCUUCUAAACACGGCGGGAAGAAUUUGCCUCUCUAAAUCUGUGGUUACUGCGAUUCCAACACUAUGCAAGUUGUGUUGCUUCUGAGGAAGGUCACAUCGGAUGAAUCAGGUUACCUGUGAUUUCAUUUGGUCCCUGGAAAAUGGAGGGGGAAGUUGGCACAUGCUGAAUAGGGAGACCUUGUCAAAGAUUAAGAGUAAGAGAUUCUCCUUCAAACUGGGGGAUGGCAGAUCGGAGUGGGCAGAGUGCAAAUGCCCCCAAACUACCGUAUAUUCACAUUUCAAGUUUCCGAUUUUUUGUUGCGUGACAUUAUUACAGAUGCUGCCUGGGAUGUAUCUUUACUGCAUACAAAUCUUGCCUCAACAGUUUUAUGGUUAGGGGUGGGAGUUGGGGAGUGGAAGAUAUUUUGAUCAAAUUGCUAAUUGUGAGAAUGUGAGGGAAUAACUUUUGUGGCUAUAAACAAAAAGCUAUUUUUUGUUUCUUUUAGUGCGGCUAAACCCAAAAGCUGAAUAGAAAACCAAACAUGCUGUUUUUUUUUUACGGUCCAAACAUAUCUUUUUUUAUAAGUAAAUAUUAGUUGUUAGUAUUAGUAAAUUAGUUUGUUCCCCUAUACCUUUCAUUCCCGCGCCCAAACAUGCUGUUUAUUUACUUGAACAAAAUCCACGAUAGGCCGACACAGUAAGAAGUUAUAAAAACCAUUACAACAGUAAUUGGAAAUUCAUUUAAAACCUUCACCAUUGAGUAUUGACAUGAAACCUUGUUACGAUUGUAUUGAGGUCAGGGAUGACUAAAAUAUCUCUCACUUGGGGUGAUGUGUCAUGUUAACAUUGAUCCCUAUCCAUCCAAAUCCGCUAAUGAAAUUAAUCAAUCAAUCAAUUAACUAUUUGAGAGCGUGUAAUAGAUAGGUAGCAUUAGCAAUGCCCUAAGCUUGGGCGUUCUCUAAAGUUAGCACAACACGUUGCUACUUUGAGCUUUCUAAGUUCUAACUAACCGCACCGCACACACAAUUUCUGUGUUCGAGAUUUCAAUCUCUCUCGCCGUUUCAAUGUAUUCGCCGAUGCACCGUCUUGAUCGCGGCGAUGUUUGGAAGAGCAAGGCCCGAUCCCUACAGUUACAGCUCAGGGACCGCCUUAGAGUCGCCGUCGACCGCCAUUGGCGCCGCCGCCACCACACCCUCACCCUCGAUUCCGACGGCUACUUCUCCUCCACUCUUCAGCGCUGCCUUAACCGAUUUCGCGAUUUCCGCAGGGACUCCUUGCCUUCUUCCUCCUCUUUCUAUCGCAAGCGAGUGACUAGGGAUUUCAGUUCCGAAGAAGAUUCAAUGCUUCUUCGUAUGAUGCAAGCCGUUGCUGUUCCUGUUCUAGGAAACGUUUGUCACGUGUUUAUGAACGGAUUGAACCGUGUUCAGGUUUAUGGUUUAGAGAAACUACACUCUGCUUUGCUUGAAAGACCUAAAGGCAAACCUCUUCUUACGGUCAGCAAUCAUGUUGCUUCCAUGGAUGAUCCCCUAGUUAUUGCUUCGUUGCUUCCUCCACAAGUUCUUUUGGAUGCUAGGAACCUCAGAUGGACACUUUGUGCAACAGAUAGGUGUUUCAAAAACCCUGUGACAUCUGCGUUCUUUCGAUCCGUAAAGGUCUUGCCUGUUUCUCGGGGUGAUGGAAUUUAUCAGGAGGGAAUGGAUAUGGCACUUUCCAAGUUGAACCAUGGUGCUUGGGUUCACAUUUUCCCUGAAGGUAGUCGCUCCCGGGAUGGUGGAAAAACCAUGAGCUCUUCCAAGAGAGGUGUUGGGAGGUUGGUCCUGGAUGGAGAUACCAUGCCCCUUGUUAUUCCAUUUGUACAUACAGGGAUGCAGGAUAUUAUGCCAAUAGGUGCCAGCUUUCCCAGAAUUGGCAAGAUGGUUACAGUACUCGUAGGUGAUCCGAUCAACUUUGAUGAUAUACAUGACUUGGAGGAAAGUCUAGAUGUUCCACGAAAAAGACUAUAUGAUGCAGUAGCGGCAAGAAUUGGUGAUCGCUUACAUGAAAUGAAGGUCCAAGUUAACACUAUAGCAUUAGAACAACAAAUGCAGCUACAAGAUCACUACUCAGACAGCAUGGAACGAGCAUAUGGAAUCUGGCAGCAGGUUGAUUGGGAAUUAUUUGGAAUGGACGAUAGCUUCAUUUCUGCAGAUCAUGAUUCCAAACAGAAACAAGAAACAGUUGUCCUCCCUAAUAUAAGUGUUCCUGAGCAUGAGCAAUCUCAUAGCAGGAGAGUGGGUUUUUCAUACAGGAUGCGUGGUUACAUGGAUCAGAUGGAGCUCAUGUCCUUUGCAGCUAGAGGCUUGUUUAUGAAUAUUAAUACAAAGAACUCUGCUAGCUGUAGUAGAGAGAUACGCCCUUUGAAGGCAUGGAAACAGUUUUGUGAAGCUAACCUAUUAAGGCAGUGGAAUUAUGCCCUCUAGAGGGUGUAAGCUCAAGUAUUUGGUUCUUAAUUAAAGUAAUUCUGAGACAUUGUUAGGCAAACAGCUUAACAUGGAAGGAUUGCUAAAAUUUUGUAACUCCAAUGGUUAAUUUAUUAGUUUAGUUGCUGGAUUGCUGUAAGUAGAAAGGCGGUUAGGCGGGGAAUCAUAGGAAGUACCUUGUCGCAGCAGUAACUUUUUGUAACUAAAUUGUGCAAUAAGCCUUUAUCCUCGGCGAUAAAGAGUGUCUUUGGUAAAGAGCUGUGGACAGACUCCAAUGCGCGUUUAGGAUACAACUUGGAGCUUCAACUGGAUAGAAGCUACAACUUGGAGCUUCAACUGGAUUCACGGGCUUCAAACAACCACGAAGAAGCAAAGGAACCAACCAAAGCAGUUUUAGUGGGUUAGAGUUUUCACUAACAAUAUUUUGUAGUACUAUUUAAGUUUAUGUAAAAAAGGAAUUUCAAAGACAAAUGAACUUCCGUAGAAAUUUGUAGUUUGAAGGAGUUGUCUUUCCUUUUC